AAAGUACCGUGAGAUCGAUUUGAGAACAGCCGGCUGUGUAGCUCAGAGCCAUAUUGCGAGUAGCUUACGUAAAUCCAAGUCUGCACACUUUUGCCAUGAUGUUAUACGAACUACAACAGUGACUUUAGAGAACUACAACUGCAUUCAUCUGUCUGAGCGUGGUGCACUGUGGGAAGGCAAGCGAUGGCAAGCGAUUUGUGUCGCUGUAGUGGACACGCACCUGAUGGCAGUAGACGACGGGAUUUACUUGCAUAGUGCCCUCUAAAUAACAUACGCUGAUACAGAAAUGUCUACCUCGUCCUCCAACACACGUUUUUCGACAGACACAGAAAGUAGAAGACGGAGAGUAGUAGCCGACAGCCUGGCACACCUCUGGGUCUGUGACCCCCAGGGCCCACCACAAGAGCCUCCCUGUGAGUGCCUGCCCAGCCACACCCCAGACCUGGUGGAGACAUCCUGCACCGUGCACCCUGGACUCUGCCCCUCCAAAUGCCUGGGGUCUACACACCUACGACCUGGCCAGCUCUCCUCUCAGGACAUGUGUGAGGAGGUCAGCAGCCGAACCACCCUCAGAGCAGAGAAUGAAGUGGAAGCUAACAAGUUAGCCAACAACUACAGGUUUGGCUUCAGAAAGUGGAAGAGUCAUGUGACAGAACGACCAUUUGAAGUCAGGUCUGAUGUCGUAAAAGAACUGUACUCCGAGCUCACCGUCAUUAAACCACACACAGGGUUAUUGAUUACCUGUGGAAAUGUGAUGUAUGUGUUUCUGUUUGGCUGGUGGCUGUCUCUGACCUACCUCGUGGCCAGCACCCUCAUGUUCAUCAGCAUCAUUGGAGCGCCCUAUGGUCAGCUCUGCUGGAAUUUGUCAUGCUACUUCCUGUGGCCUUUUGGGAAGUUCAUUCAAGAGGUUGGAGGUGGGGUGGGGAGGUUCCCAGAAUGUGAGGAUGUCCCAGUGGAGGUGGAGGAAAACAAGGACAGCUCCCCCAUUCUCCUGCCCACACCCACAGAGGGGCCCUGCGCAGACCCGACCCCUACAGACCUGCCCAGGCCGUAUUGGCUACGUGCAAGCACCUAUGCGUGGCUGCUGCUGGCAUACCCUAUUCUGGCCCUGGCCCACAGUCUGGCCUGCGUCCUGGCCUGGGCCCUGGUCUUCACCAUCCCUGUGGCCAAGAUGAAUGCCCGCACCCUGCGUGUCAUCCUCCUCAUGCCCCCGGAGGCCAUCGCUGUCUCCAGCUGCUCCCCGAGGAAGCAUCCGACCAGGCGGGCGCUCCUGUGCUGUUACCAUGCUGUCAACUGGUACUAUUACAAGUACACCGUGGAUGGAAUUAAUGUGUUUGCUGCCAACCUCCUUCCUCUGGUGAUUGUUGCCCUGGUGAUUGGCUAUGUUGACAAGGACAACCAGUUCGCCAGCUCCGAGGCCAAGUUUGCUACGACCAUCUGCUCCAUCAUCCCACUGUCUUACUACAUUGGGAUGGGCAUUGCCAGUAUCUCAGCCCAGAGUAACUUUGCUGUGGGCGCGUUGGUAAACGCCACCUUUGGGUCCAUCACGGAGAUGACCUUCUAUAUCACUGCCCUGCUCCGUGGCCACAGGGAGGGGAACACCUGCCUGCAGGAGAUGGUGAAGGCUGCCCUGACUGGAACCUUGCUGGGCUGCAUCCUCUUCCUUCCUGGCAUCUGCAUGAUCAUAGGAGGUCUGAAGCACCCAGAGCAGAGGUUCAACAGUCGCUCUGCUGGCGUGAGCUCUGCCCUGCUCUUUAUCUCUGUGGGAGGCGUGUUUGCCCCCACAUUGUUCUCCAAGGCGUAUGGACACCUGCUGUGUGAGGGCUGCACUAAUGCCACGGGAAACAUCAGCGGACCCUUUGUCUGCCGUAACUGCCACUACGACCUGAGUGAGAACAACGACACACUGUUCCACAACCACAUUGAGCCGCUGGUAUACUCAGUCUCUGUCCUUCUGCCUGCUGCCUACAUUAUCGGCCUCAUCUUCACUCUGAAGACACAUUCCUACAUUUAUGAUAUUCAUGUUGACGAGGGACAGUCUGUGUCCAGCCACCAGGGGGCAGUGGUGCACUGGUCCCGCUGGCGGUCCUUCUUCAUCCUUAUUGUGGCCACCCUCCUGAUGUCUGCCUGUGCUGACCUUCUAACAGAGCACAUCCAGCCCAUACUGAGCCAACCUAAUAUCUCCCAGUACUUCAUAGGUGUGACCAUCCUGGCCAUGGUACCUGAGAUCCCAGAGAUUGUUAAUGGAAUACAGUUUUCCUUGCAAAACAACAUCAGUCUGAGUGUGGAAGUGGGGAGCUGCAUCGCUGUCCAGGUGUGCAUGUUGCAGAUCCCUCUGCUAGUCCUCUUCAACGUCUUUUAUGAUGUGGGCUUUGUGCUCGUCUUCAGUGAUCUCCACCUCGGGGCCAGCAUCUUCGCUGUGAUCAUGGUCAACUACAUCUUCAUGGACGGGAAGUCUGACUACCUUCAGGGCACAGCUCUGGUGGUUGUCUACCUGAUCCUGCUGGCUCUUUACUUCUUUGCUCCAUCCCCUGCCGGAUGCUGACGACCGUCAGAAAGGCGGCAUUUACGAUAAAGUUAGUAAGUAGGGUUAGGGUUAGCUAACCCUUAGCUAAACAGGACCUGAUUUUAUUUUUGACAGGGAAUUGUCUUGAUCAUAGCAUUGAUUACCUUUACAGAUUAGUGUUAAGAACCUGUGUCCUCCUUAUGUCCCAGUAAUGUACUAGCAUCUAAUAAGGGGGUGAAAGGUCAACUCAAAUCUCAUGCUCUUGACCUUUUCACUUGAGAAAUUAGGAUUCUUAAAAGCCCAACUACAAUUAUAUAUUUUUCUUUUAGAAGAUGGUUUUUAUAAGUUUAAGAGUUUAAGCUGAACCUUUGAGGUUUAGCUCGUAAACAAUAAACAAAGAAUUGACUAAAUAA